AUGAUUUCUUUAUUGUUCAUAGCUGUGAUACCAUUUCCAAUGAACAAUCAAACCUACGUCACUGAAUUCAUCUUCUUGGCAUUUUCCAACCACCCCCAUCUCCAGGGCCUAUUCUUCCUGGUCUUCCUGGUCAUCUACCUGGCAACACUCCUGGGAAACCUGCUCAUAAUCACAGCCACCAGGGUCAAUCCCGCUCUCCACACACCCAUGUAUUACUUCCUCAGCAACUUGAGUUUCUUAGACAUCUGCUACACGUCUACCACCAUGCCAGUCAUGCUGGUGAACUUCUUCCGGGACAAGAAGACCAUCUCCUAUAAGGGAUGCAUUUCCCAGGUGUUCUUCUUUGUCUCAUGCGCUGGCACUGAAGGUGUCUUGUUGGCUGUUAUGGCUUAUGACCGUUACGUGGCCAUUUGCCGCCCUCUUCAAUACCCAGUUCUCAUGAGUGCCAAGGUCUGUGUUUCCUUGGUGACUGCCUCCUGGCUGUGUGGGCUGGUCAAUUCUGUAACACACACAGUGCUGACAGCCAUGCUCACUCUGUGUGGACCCAACCACAUCAGCCACUUCCUCUGUGACAUCCCCUUGCUCCUGAAGCUCUCCUGCUCAGACACCUCUGUCAAUGAGUCUGUGCUGCACGUGGCCAGUGCCACCAUCGGCCUGAGCCCCUGCCUGUUCACUGCAGUGUCCUACAUCUGCAUCAUCUCCGCCAUCCUUAGGAUUGCCUCCGCUCAGGGCAGGAGCAAGGCCUUCUCCACCUGUGCAUCCCACCUCACUGUGGUGGUGGUCUUCUUUGGAACAGCCAACGUCAACUAUGACAGGCCCAGUGAAGGCUACUCCCUGGACAUGGACAUCUUGGUCUCUGUUCUCUUCUGUAUUGUGCCCCCAAUGCUGAACCCCAUCAUCUACAGCCUGAGGAACAAGGAGGUCAAGAGUGCCCUCAAGAAGCUGACUGAAAAAUUUGGUGAAAUCAACAAGUAG